UUCACUUGGGGGGCAACUAGCAGAAGAAGAAGAAGAAGAAGAAAAGCUUCGUCGAUGGCGCUGCACAGGGCGGUUCAGAGGGUCGCCGCCGGCCGCGGCGCCGCCGCGUCGAUGCCGGGGCUCCGCCGCGGGUUCCAGGCGGUGGCCCGGCCCGCGCCCUUGGAUGACCUCGUCGCCGCCGCCCCCCCCGCCGUCGCGUCUCCGCCGUUGGUCUUGCCCGAGCACGAGGACGGCCGCGCCGGAAUCGAUUUCCCGAGCUUCGGCGGGGUAGGAGGGCCCAUGGAGCUCAUGGCCGUUCCGAAGAAGAAGGUUUCCCGCCACAAGAAAGGUAUUAGGAAUGGGCCCAAGGCUCUGAAACCCGUUCCAGUGAUAGUUCGGUGCACGGUAUGUGGUCGUGUCAAGCUGCCCCAUUUUUAUUGCUGCAGUGGGGUUAGAGGAGGGACAGAUGAGCAAAACUCGUGAACCAUCUCGCCAGGUGUACUAUGUUAAUUAUCGUCAGUGGUAUACUCGCAAAGCAAUAUGUUGCCCCAUUUUCUUUCCUGAUGUUUUUUCAAUUUGAUUUUAAAAGAGCCUGUAGUACAAGUGUUCUUUUUUGUGCGUAGUACAAGUUGUAGUUGGCUUGAUGCUUUUUGAUUCUUAAUACAGAAUCAUAAGGCAACAUCACUGGUGAAUGGGGUUUUUCUUUGGCCAAAUGCGUUGAAUGCGUUGGAUCAGCCAUCUGCAAACUGAUAACCUAGUUGCCAUGGAUAAAUAAUUGCAUGCACUCAGAUAUCUGUGGGUAAUUCAGGGCAAAAAUUGGCAUG